AAAAUAAUCCGAGAGGUCGUAAAUAACUCGAAAAUUAUUUUCGAAACUAGAACUCGGAAGAGAAUGCCGCCGUACCGCGUUUGGGGCACGUCAGAAGACGGAUCUAUAGAGUUCGAAUCUUUGACGGAUGCCACGUUGGACGAAGCUCUGAAAUUGAUAAGGACGUGCUUCUUCGUUUACGAAAACGUGUCCAAGGCCGUCGAAUUGGUCUCAGAACCUGGAGCUAUGGAAGAGCUUGAGGAACUCUGUGUGGAUGCGGCUAAAGAUGGCGUCAGCGUCGUCGCUGUUGAUGUAAACAGUGGAGAAGUCGUCGGCGUUGCUUUUAACAAGAUACAGGUAGCGACGAGUGGCUCGGAGAAAAGUGCCUUCCAGCUGUUCGGUGAAAACUGCAAGUACAAGUCGUCGAAAGCCCUGGUGAACUUCAUGAUCGACGUGGACUCAAGGAUCGACCUGUUCAAGCACUACAACACAAAUUGCAUCUUCGAAGUUAUGUUCCUUGCCACGUCGCCUAGCAGACAGAAAUGUAGGAUCGGAGAACUGCUGGUAUCAUCGUCGAUAGAAGUGGCCAAGGAGCUGAAGAAGGGAAACGGAGUGAAGACACCGGUCACCGUCAACGGUGAUAACUCGAUACAGAAUCAAGAAGCUGUUCCUACUUUAGUAUCGGCUAUAAUGACCUCGAAUUAUUCGCAAAAAAUCGCUGCGAAGUUAGGGUUUGAGAAGUUGGCUAUUGUUAGUUAUAAGGAGUUCUCGUUUGCUGGGAAAUCGUUCAGUGAGAAUAUAGGAGAGGAACACAAAAAUUCGAUUUUGGUAGCUAAGAGAUUGUAGUUGAGGUUAAUUUAUUAUUGAAUAAUUUUAUAUCUUUUUA